GUUUCGCCCGCUUCCUGAUGCGUUCUGGACAGAACCAGCUCGAUGCGGAGCGCGUGCUGCGGUAUGCCAUUUCACUCAGGACAGAGGAUGAAGGCCCAGACUUUCAGGAGGUGGCCUUCUUAGCGAGUUUGUUGCAGACUCACCGAUUGCCUUCCUCUCUGGACGAGGGUGGCAGGUCGGCGCGGUUCCAGGCGGCCAUGGCCAUGAUGGAAUCCUACGCCGACAGGAACGCGUUCGAGCCGAUGCCCAUGCACAUCAUUUUCCUCCUUUUGGCGGUGGAGGCGGAAGCUCUCCGGCAAAUGGCUGCAGGCGACGCGUCGGAGCAGGCGCUACAACUGGCGGAGGACAGCGAUCGGAUGACGGCCGAGGCUGCCAAGUACUUAGAACUGGCCCGUGCAUCUCCCAAGAAAUGGCAAGGUACCCUUGAGGUGACGCCCAGCUUCCCGGAGUUGACCAUGUUGGUGGCCAAAGAGUCGCUGAAUCGCGGUCGCCCUGAGGUGCCCGAAGCUCCAGAGACACCUGCUGCCUGGCUUCCCUCCAGCGAGCCGACUCCUUUCGUGGAUGCACAGAGCCUGCGGACCGCGCCGGAGCCGGACGACGCUAUGAUGGCCCUGAAAGUCAUCGACCUGCUUCUGCACUUCGGCCUCUCUGACCUCCCAGGUUUCCUGUUGGAGGAGGCCGUGCAGGCGUAUGGCUACCUGUCCCCGGUGACGGUGAACUCUGAGCGCUGUCAGCUGCAGAGAGUCAGGGUGGCCAUGCUGGCCAAGGAUUGGAAUAAAGCUGAGCAGUUAUUUAGCGACCUCUUCCAGCGACGAGGUGGGGAUCGAUUACCCGAAGCUCACGCCUUGCUGGGUGAGUGUCGCUACCGCGCCGCGCGCGAUGCGAACUCGAGCAGUGCUGGCUAUGACUCAGCCCUGGCAGAAUUCGAGGCGGCCCUUUGCUUCAUGACAGAGGAAACCUCUGGAUUUAAAGAAGAUCCAGUGCUGCAACUCCGAGUCGGAAGCAUUCUGCACCUGAAAUCUGAGGAGCAGAACUUCAGCGACCGCAUGCUGGCUGAGCGUGCAGUGAAACACUACAAGAAAUCUGCCAUGGCAGCGCCCACUGCGGAAGCCUGGAAGAAUAUCGGCCUUUGCCGCUAUCGCAGGGUGAAGUAUGAGACCACAGCGCGAAAGGAGAAGAAGUUACGGGAGGCCAUGAAGUACUUCUACGAGGCCAAUGCCCUGGACCGCGAGCGGCCGGACACCUUGGCGUGGCUCACCAUCUGCGCGGUGGAGCUGGGAGAGGUGCAACGUGCCAAGCAAGGCUUCAGACAACUCAUGCAGUUCGAGGAGCGCCUUGCGAGCCCCGUAGCCUUGGAGCUGGCGGAGGUGCUGCUUCGUUUCAGCAACGAGCAACGCGCCGCGGAGUGGCACGGCGAACGCGGGCGCUUAGUUCAGGAUGGACGCUAUGCCAAGGAGGCGGCGAUGCUGAGCAAGGUGCUCUUAGGCCGCAGCGAGAGCGGUCCGGCCCGCUGCAUCCUGGCCUGGUCCAAGUUCCUCCAGGGCGAGCACGGCGCGGCGGCCGGCGAGUUUUGCGCGUCGCUGACGGGGCUGGUGACGGAGAAGCCGCAGAUGCUGGAGGAGGCUGCUUACAUGGCGCGGCACUGUGCAGCCUUAAUCCCGGGGGAGCCGCAUUUGUCGGCGCUGGUGGAAGAGGCCAUAGCGAUUGCCUCUGAGCCGCAGCCCGAUGAGUCCAGCGGCUUUGGUGACGAGGCUGAGCAAGAUGCCGCGACGGAGACGCCCCGGCCGGAGGACCUUCCGGGCGCCUAGGAGGAGGCAGUGAAGAUCAGUGAAGCACCAGCAACGUGCCACCUGUAGCGUGCCACCUGUGGCACAAGCAAUGCUUAAAAAAAGGAGUGCUAAAUCGAGCCUCCAAUACAUUUGAUGUCUCACAGGGUUUCACGGCUCGGAGGUGACUGGAUUGGACUGGAUUGGAU